AGUGUGUCAAUGGGUUGAUGAAAAUUGGUCAAAAAUAAAAACAAAGUAGUGAAAAGUUCUUAUUUUUUGGGUAAUUGUGGGAAAAUGGGGGUUUUUGUGCACAUAUCUUGUCUACUGAUAUCCCUUCUUUGCUUAGGAAAUGCUCAGAGAAUUACUGAUAAAAUGUUCAGUAAUAUUGCUGGAACAAGUUGCUUUCGUCGUCUAAAUGCCACCCAUGCCACCGGAUGCAGCUCUACUUUUCGGGGCUCUCAGGGCGUUAUUCACGUCGUGAAAACUCAAGAGGAUUUUCACUUUCUCCUCAAUAACCCUCCAUCUCCACCGUAUGCUCCAAUAAUCCCCCCACAGCUCUUUACGAGGGAAAAUAUGAUGAUGCUCAAGGUUAAUGCAUCCCACGUUGUGUCCGGAGUCGUCCUUACGGGCUCUCUGAAAAAUCUCCAGUCAUUUAGUCAUGAAUCCAGAUGCCCCAAUCAAUAUGGGGGGCUUUUGAGGGAGCAAACGUGCAGUGUGAAUGAUCAGGAGAACUCGUGGAAUCCCUUUGGGACGGGACUUUUGCAGGAGGACUUCCCCUUUCCGGUUUUCUUGGUGUCCAGUGAGAAGGAUGCCGCAAAGAUUACGGAUUGUUUUGAGAAAUUCAACAACUUUGACAUGAAUUCGCAGAAUUUGAGGUCACUUUGCAGCAUUGAGAUUAAUGCCUUCAUGUCGGCUGCUGUGAAUUCUCAGGUGUGCAUAAGACGCUCCAAUAUGCAGAAUAAUCUCAGUCCAACAACCUUCUGUGAUCCCCUCCAAGGGAGGAAUGUCUUCGCCACGCUCUUCCCGAGGAAAAUUGUCGAACCAGCUGCACGUCAGGUGGAUCCAACGGAGGAGAUAAUCAUCCUGUCAGCUCGUAUGGAUACAGCAUCAAUGUUUGACGGUGUUGGCCCCGGGGCAAUGGGGUCUCUUGUGCCCUACAGUGUACUAAUGCUAACUGCCCAACUUAUGGCCAGAAUCCUCCCGCAGAGACGUGAUCCUAGUCAUCCAAAUGUCCUCUUUGUCCUCUUCAAUGGCGAAGCGUUUGACUACAUCGGGUCCCAGAGAUUCAUCUACGAUCUCCAGCACGGGGAAUUUCCCUACAAGAGCCACCAAACUAAUCCCCUGUCCAUGGAUAAUAUAAAAUUCCUCGUGGAUCUCGGUGUGUUGGACACCAUGAGGCUGCUGAACAUCUCCCAUGCAACAGACUUUCCCAGAGCAGGAGAAUUUGGGCAGCUAAUGUCGAAAUACAGCUCAAAGUUCGGCAUGAAUGUUACGACAGUGAAUAAUAUGCAGGGAAACCUCCCUCCGACUUCAGCACAGUCCUUCCUGAAGGAGAACUUCUCCUUCCCGGCUGUUAUUCUCAAUUCCCCGCCAACUAAUCGCUUCUAUCACUCAAUUUUCGACGAUGACGAUAAUAUAAAUUUCGUCUAUGGGAACACGUCAAAGAACUUCCUGACUCUCGAGGAUUUAACAGCUCCUUCGGCGGAUUUUACAGCAGAUUCCAUACAGAUGAGUAUCCGGAAUAUUUCCUCAAUUAUCGCCUUCAGCUUGUAUGAAAUGAUAACUGGAGAAGAGUAUCGGGAGGCAUUGGGUGGGAGUGCAGUGUUUGCCGAUGAAUUCCUCUAUUGCUUCCUCACUUCCUCCCAGUGCCCCCUCAUGUCGGCAAUUGUGCAGGAUAACUCCACUUUACCACCAUAUCCACCACCCAGAUACAUCAGUGUCCAUCGCACGGGGAAUCAGAGAUCCGUCAUCUACACUCAUGGGAUUUUUGGGCUCACUGUUGGGCAGAAAUUGGAGGGCGUGGCGCGGGAGAAUUGCACCGUUCCCCCACGGAUUUGGUAUCCGGGCUUUGGGUUGCACGGAGAGUGCCAUUUGACCACGCAGAAUGUCAGCUUGGCCGUUAGUCCGGCCUUCAAGGAGCCCGACUACAAUUGGACGUCCGGACGCUACUCAACGUGGACUGAAUCCACAUGGAGCGCCAUCUCAGCGAGGAUCUUCCUGCGACCCUCAACGCAUCAUGAGGCUCUCACGCUGGCCAUUGGGCUCACCGUCAUGGUGCUGUCCUUUGUGGCUGUCUUCAUUAUUAACACCAAAUCCGACGUGCUGUUUGGCAAUAGUCCGUCAUCCGAAGUGAUCUCCAUUCCCGCGCGCUGUUGAAGCCUUCACGGUGAGAUUAUUCUCCUCUUUGCCCCCAUUAAUCAAAGACUGGUCUGCGGUAUUUGUUCUUCUUGCGCGUGCUGCUACGCAUCUUUUUCAUUCCCAUCCCCACAAUCCCUCUUUAAUCCUGGGGACGAAGGAUCAUCUAAAAAUCGACUUAAAAAAAACAAAACUAAACAUGGGCUGAAUGCUUGCGAAGAAACAAGGCAGUGUGUGACAAUAUUUAAGUAAAAUAUUUAUUGCACAUUGAAAGGAAA